AUGUCACAACUGGAUCUCAAUGCGACGGAGUUGGUCUUCGAGUAAGUAAAUAAGCGCAUUUACACUACUGGAACACGGAGAGAGAACACAAAUAAUUGAAUGAUUGCAAAAACCACGGCCAAUUUGUGAGGGAAUUGCAGGCCGCGAAGAUUCGGCCGAUUCCUUGGACCGCGAACAAACGGGAUUAGAUAAAAGGGCGACGAAAACUGGGAUCAAUCAACCCAAGUCACUGUUUUAUUGAGGAACCUGAGGUUAAAGGGUUUCCGUCGAUGAUUUUAGAAGGGCGCUUCCUUUGAUUUAAGCUAUUUUGGGCAUUGACUAUGUUCUUUUUAUUAUAGUAUAAUAGUUUAUAAAUUUUGAAAAAAACUUGAAAGUGUUAUAAUCAUCUCUAAUACAAUAAGAUUUUAUAUUUUCAGGAUGGCAGGGGAAUCCUUUUCUUUGUUGUCAGUUCUCUCCGUCUCCGCCAUUAUCACGACAAUAUCCCUCUUCUUCUGUGGAAUGUAAGUGUAUUCCCCAACUUUUAAUAUUCCAAUAUUUUCAGUCCAAUUUGUAUCGAAAUAAAACGAAGGAAGAGUACGAAUGAGAUCUCCGGAUUUCCUUUUAUUAUGGGAUUUUUGGGGUAAGUAGUACAGUAAUCCCAUUGUAGAAGACAUUACGUGAUAUCUAACUGUCUACUUUCAGAGGGAGUUUUUGGUUGCGAUACGGAGGUCUUAGAGAGGACAUGACCAUGAUUACUGUGAACUGUGUGGGUGUUACGAUGAUGUUUCUAUACAUCUUAUUCUUCAUCUUUUAUUCUGAAUCUAAGGUAAGGCUCCCCUUCAUAACUCUAAAGCUGUUUAGUUGGGUAUUUCGAUCCAAUUGGGUCUUGUGACAUCAGCGAUUGGAGCCAUGCUGGUCUUGGUGGAGAUGUUUGGAAUGGAAUGCAUCGAUGUUCUGGGCCUUGUUUGUAUGACCUUUAACAUUGUCAACUUUGGUGCACCACUAGCUGGCAUGGUAUGUUUAUUUAUUUACAUAUAUAUUUCUUCAAACUUAUGUUGUUGCAUAAUUUUACGCAAAAAUUCAUUAAUUUGAUUUAGAAAGUAGUGUUUUCCAAGAAAUGCUGUGAUUCGAUGCCUCUUCCCUUGUGCACGGCCAACCUUCUAGUCUCUUCCCAAUGGUGUCUUUAUGGAGUUCUGGUCAAAGAUAUCUACAUCAUCAUCCCCAACGGGGCGGGUGUUGUCUUGGCCUUUUUCCAGAUCUCCCUGUUCCUCUUUUUCCCCAGAACACCUGGAGGCAAAGCGCCGUUGUCUUCUUGCGUCACUUUUGUCAAUGAUCUGGAAAUUAUGGAAGCUCAAGGUAAGAUUUUUUGACCGGCAGGACUUUUUGGUUAAAAUUAUUUAACCCGAUUUCUGAAGAAUAUGUUUUUGCCAAAAAAUCAUCGAACUUCGAGAACUCUACUGUCUCAAUGGAGUUCUGAACCAUUUAGAAAAGAGGCUGUCCCUACAGUAGGGCCGGUACGGCUCGAUGACAUUUCGGGUCGACGACACUUCGGGUCAGCGACGUUUCGGAUCAAAUAUACAUUUGCGUAGUAUUAUACCGGAAAAUGGGCGGUUGAAGUUUUGAAAACGCCUGGUCAAGUCGGCGAAGGUUCGGCGAAAUAUUUUUUAAAUGAAGCAUCGCUGUUUUAACUUUAAAAUGAAUUUUUUCUAAAGUGCGGUAUUGUUAUCUAAGAAACUGCCGACCCUCCACUGUUAAUUCACCAUGGCUUGUCCUGUUCCCUGGACAAACGUAUCCCCAAUCUGACCCGAAAUGUCCCUGGCUCAAAUUUCUGUAGUGCCGAAAAGAAUAAGGCCCGAGGGAAUAUAAAAAACAUCUGCCGAAUUUACGUUGACUAACUUCUAUCACUAACUACUCAGUUAUUGUUAAUUUUAUUAUUUCAUGGCUUUAAUUAAUUUAUUUUAUUUUCGCAGUGGAGAAAAACUUUGCCUUGGACGAAAGUUUCCUCACCAACUCUGACGCAAAGCUUAUCGUUUAAGUUGAUAUAACAUCAGCCACCAGGUAAAGCUGGAAAUGACGUCAUUCCAAAACCUAAUCAUCAAUUACAGAUGCAAAGACUUCAUCGCCGGACAUCUGGCUGACCCGAGGCUCUCUUAAACAGUCUAGUUUACCAACUUCAAUGUGAGUUCGAAUUUACUUAUUUUUAUGAAUAUUACUAUUAAAUGCGCCACUACUCUUAUUUUUGCAGUAGGAAUCCCUUAUCCACCCAAAACUCUGCUCAAAUCCAAGACGGUUCAUUCGCAGACUCAGCGUCGACGUUCACAACUACGGCUCCCACCUUGUCCAUCAUAUCAGCCAGACCCUCCGACCGACCCCAAUUCCAUUUCGACCGAAUUCGAGAAAUCGAUUACUUAGAUAACCGCUGGUCGGUGAAUGAGUUGAAGAGAUCUAAUAGCGCCCCUUCCAUCCACAAUAUCUAG